AUGGAUAUACCAGAUCACUCGUUAUCCUACGUCGAUUUUUUUAUCUUUGAGCGAGCAAUAAAUAUCAUCAAGAACUCUUGGUGCACUCAUUCUGCACCAAAUGACUCUCCUAGUAAUUCACUCGCCCUAACCAAAAUUACCAAAAUUAUCAAAUCUGCCGUCAAGGAGUUCAACAAGUCACGAUAUAGUAAUGAAUCAGAGGCUUGGAGGUUCCAACGGAUGAUCGAAACAGUAUGGCAACACACUGAGCGUAGACAGUUUCCAUUCACUAGACAUCUGUUCGAUACGACUCUUAUUAGGGCGAAUACAUCAACACCUGGACCGGACUUCAGCAAGAGCAUUACCCCUAUCCCGAUUGAACCCCAGGGAUUUCAUACAUAUGCCAUGGACAUAUUGAAUGCUGCCAAAGCACAUAAGGCCGACUGGGAUAAAAGACUAGCUCUUUUUGAGCCAUAUCCAGCCUCUUGGGAUGAAGCCAGAUCAAAAAGAGAUCAUUCGAAGGUUUUGCAUUCUUCUGGGUCGACCAAAACUCGUUCAUCUCGACCUGAAGCAUACUCUAGCAACCGGGAAGAGCUAGCUCUAGAUCAGCCGCAGUCGAUUUCGUUGGGCAAGGAUUUCAAGAAAAAGCCCAUUACCGGUGGUCGGAAUUCUCCACAGCCAGUGUCAAAUUUAUUUGGCAUGGACCCAAUGAGUAAAACCACUACAAAGUCUUCGAAGCUCUCAACGUCAAAAGAAUUCUAUGCAACCCCUCAAAAGCAAGGUUCGGUGAUCAAAUCUCCAGGAGUGAGUAGUAUGUGUAUCAACAACAGCAAAAAGAACGGUAACGUCACCAAGGCACCGAGAGGAAGCGUUGAUAACACCAAGCCAAUCACCUCGCUGAACUCACCGCUAUCUCAGCAGAAGAGAAAGAUAAGCGAGGAGAGAGCUUAUGGAGGGAGUAUCACACAGGAUGUUAAGAGGCCAAGGGCCUCUUAUUCGAGUGACUCGAAGACUUCGAGUAGAGCUGAGAAUGGAAAUAAUGUGUUUCUCGGCAUGACUGAAGGAAUGAAGAUGAACGGGGGGGGGGCAAAUAAAAAUAGAGACAGGGCUAAAGAAAUGAACGGAAAUAGAGGAAGGGGUGGAGAAACAGAUAUAAACAGAGUAAAAACACCUGUUCGUAAGAAGGGAGCUUCACGCCAGCGCAAGGAUUAUCUCAGUACAGAAAUGUAUUCGGCGAAACAGAAGAAACGCGAAGCUGAGCAUAUGGAUAAGCUAAUAGAGGCGGCGAACAAGCGAAGAAGUAAAGAUACGCAAAGUAAUGUACCACCUGCUGUUUCUUCGAGACCUUGGGUAGCAGAUGAGGCGAGACAGAUGAGAAGGAUAAAACAAACACAGGAGCUGAGGAAUAUGGAUGUAGGUCUUUUCUAG